AUCUACUACAACAAUUUGUAUUUGAUUUAUAUAUCAAAAUUUGGUUUAUUAAAGUAUUUCAUAAUUAUGUAAACUAAUACCCCUGCAUCGCUUAAUACAAUUUAUCCCUAACAUCCGAAGCAAUGUCUGAUGUGGAGCAAGAAGCCUCUGGAGACGUUGAUAAUGAGCAAAAUGAAGGACAAGAAGCUGCUGAAGAUUUUGAGGGAGAGGGCGAAGGAGACGAACAGGACGUUGAAGAGGAAGAUAAGUUCGAGGUGGAGGAGAAGGAUCCCUUUGAGCUCCUCAAUGAGAGCGAUGAAGACGAUGAAGAGCAACAGGCAAUGUACAAGGAGUAUCAGGAGGUGGUCAACGCUAUUGAUGCGCAGAACAGGAUUAUAAAAGAGCUCAAGGCAAAGUCCAAUCGACUGAUGUUCAAGAAGUGCAAGACUUAUAGAGACAAGCAGGAAUACAAACAACUUAGGGUCUGUCAGGAGCAUGAGGAGAUCCAUUUAAAGGUUCUCGUGAAUAGAGCCAUGCACCUCCAAAACUUCGGUUCACCUAGGCGCUACAGAGAUAUAGAAAUGGAAGUCACAGAGGACGAGAAGAGCUACUUUUAUACUGAACUACAAUCGACCUUAUCAGGCUUUUGUCCCACGGAUUCGGCUGACGAAUAUGAGUCGGAUUCUGAAUCGGAUAAUGGACUAUGUUGUACCUAGUUUCCUAGCGGAGUUUCCGAAAAUUGACGGGGAAAAGUUAUGAAAAUACUUGAAUAAUUGUGGAAUAUCUUCAUAUUUUACAUAUAUACAUAUCUACACAUAUCAACGACACUGCACUCAAUAAAAUGGGAAAGGAUGGAGGGAAUGUGAAUAAAAAAUGCAAGAAAAUUUCAAUAAAAUGCAACUGGGUUUAAUAGUCAAGAGUCCAGACGUGGAGUAGCCAAAUAGCGGGAAAGUGUAGAGCAAUAGCAAUAAGCGCAAAAACAAGACGAUUGUGCCCCCAGACAGAAUAAGGGGAUCAAAGCAAAACAGCCAUAAACAAAUAACCGAAGAGGCACAGAAAGACGCCAGUAGACGAGAAUGAAUCGAAACGAACUGAAUUGAACCAAAACUUCUCUCGAUGAUUUCUUCGUUCCCUCCUCCUUCUUUUAUUAUGCCUCAAUUCUCACUCUCCGCCAAGUGCCACGCCCAUUGUGGCGCUUGAUGGGGAACACUUCGCAAAAACGAGAUAGUUUGACGUUUUCUACACAACUGGUCACUGUUUAAAUUUUAUUUACAUUUAGAAAGAUUUGGAGAAAAGUGAAAUGUAAAUUAUUUCGAUUAAAAGAUAAUUUAUGUGGACUUGCAACUU